UGGUAGCACUGGCAUUUGGUUCAUUGAAUUUGCUAUUGGUAUUUGGUUUGUCACUUUGGUUUGCCACGAGAUACAAUAGCACACGGAAGUUCCCGGCAAAAAUAAUUAAAAUAGUGCUUGAGUAAGCCGUGAUCUCGGUUUUUCGUGUCUUACAAAUUAGUCAUCGAACCUUGUGUUUGAGAAAUCCUUUACUCAGUGCGUGUUAUUGCUCAAAUUAUUAGUUUUUAACCAUGAAUCCGUAUCAACAGGGCAAUUCACCAUACCCACAACAGCAAUAUCUGCAUAAUAUUGGAUUUAACAACGCCGCCCCACAAUCUUUCGGGAAUCCAAUGCCCAUGCCUGGCCUCCCCACUAUGGGCUACCCAGCGCCUCAACCUGGCUACCCAAAUGCACCCGGCAACCCUCAGGUACCUCAGGGUUUUCCCCAAACUAGCCCCGGGUACCCUGGCCAGACUUAUCCCCAAAAUGCUCAAUGUACGCCACAGGGGUACCCUCAAUCAGCUCAAAGUGGUUACCCACAAUCUGCUCAAGGUGGUUACCCGCGACCUGCCCAAGGUGGUUAUCCACAAUCUGCUCAAACUGGUUAUCCACAAUCUACCCCAGGUGGAUACCCACAGUCUGCCCAGCCAGGGUACCAAGGUGCCCGCCCACAAGGCUAUCCACAAUCUAAUCAGUACCAAGGAUAUCCAGCCCAUAACCAAUCUCAUGUCCAAAGUCAGCAAGCUUACACAUCAUCAUCCUCUGUGCCUGCAAUGCCAAAGUCCAAACCCACCGUGGUGCCAGCGAAUCCCUUCGAUCCUCGCGAGGAUGCGGCGGUGCUGCGCAAGGCUAUGAAAGGGUUUGGAACUGAUGAGAAGGCCAUCAUCCACGUCCUGACCAAACGCUCUAAUGAGCAGCGUCUGCGCAUCGCUUACGAAUUCAAGACGCUUUAUGGAAAGGAUCUUGUGUCAGACUUGAAAAGUGAGACUAGUGGGAAGUUUGAGGAUAUUCUGGUCGCGUUGAUGACUCCGCUGCCACAGUUCUACGCGAAGGAACUUCACGACGCCAUCGCUGGCAUCGGCACUGACGAAGACGUCCUCAUCGAAGUCAUGUGCACCAUGUCCAACCACGAGAUCAAUGUCAUCAAGCAGACCUACACGGCCAUUUACGGCAAUUUGUUGGAGGACGAUCUGCGCGGAGACACGUCUGGGAACUUCAAGAGGCUGAUGACGUCAUUGUGCAUGGGCAACAGAUCGGAGGACUUCCACGUCGAUCAGGAAAAGGCGAGGCAAGAUGCCAGGAGCUUGCUGCAAGCUGGCGAGCUCCGUCUGGGCACAGACGAAUCCGUGUUCAACUCAGUGCUAUGCUCGCGUUCGUUCCCGCAGCUGGCGGCCGUGUUCAACGAGUACCAGUACCUCACCGGACACGACAUCGACGACGCGAUCAAAGCGGAGUUCUCCGGACACAUCGAGAAGGCACUCAGGGCUAUUGUGAAAGUGGUACGCAACAAGCCGUUGUUCUUCGCGGAGCGUCUCCACAAGUCGAUGAAGGGUCUCGGCACGAACGACAGACAGCUGAUCCGCAUCAUGGUGACCCGUUGCGAGGUGGACCUCGGCGACAUCUCCGAGAUGUUCCAGCACAAGUACGGCGAGUCGCUGCAGAGCUGGAUAGAGGGAGACUGCUCCGGGCACUAUAAGAAAUGCUUGCUGGGAUUGUUGGGGCUUUACUAAGCCGUUUUUAUUCUUUAUUCAGUCCCCACGACUAUAUUUACAUAUACCUUAAGAUCUACUGUAAUUAACGAUCUGCUGUCGCAAAAUCUCAAUACAUAAAGUUUUAUUUAAAGUAUUAUUUUGAAGAUUAUUUUAAAAUUAGUAUUCUAUAUUUUGGCAAAUAGUAUAUUAGUAGUAUAUUAUUUUUGGCAAAUAAAGUUAAUAAUGCAGACAUUUAUAAAAUAAAUGGUUUAAGUUUAUAUAUCUAGAAAUAUUACAAGUAAGAUUCCAAACUUUUAGUUUGUAUGAGAUUGUAAAAAAUCUUACAAAAAAUAUAUAUGAUUAUUUUUAUAAGUGAUACAUGGUAUUUAAAGACCUUGACAUUGAUUAUUAUAUUAACAUGAUACAUGUGGAAUUGAUGUUGCUAUAUAAAAUACGCUGAAUAUAUUAAUAAGCCAAUAUGAAGCAUGUAAAAUGCAUGUCUUAAGUACAUUGUUAGAGUACCUAGUGAAGUAAUCACUCACGCAGUUUUGCGGAGCCUAGGAUUAUACAGAAGUCGUGCCUAUCCUUUUUCUAAAAGUGUUGUAGCGUGAUGUGAUCCGGAAUAUGUUUUUUUUACUUCCCGAUGAUUUAGCACUUCUCAUACUAAGAGAAGUGAUGAUUCUGAAACGACAACGCGUGCGGACAUUUUGAAUAAAUUAAAGGCUCGUAACGCUCUUCUACAACAUUCAGAUUAAGUGUCUAUUGACUCCUGUGCGAAAGGCUUUAGGGUUGUAUAUACCAUUCUCAAAAACAAUCCAAUUAAAUAUCUACUUGAGAUCUUAUUCAAAUGUGCCAUUAUUGAUAUGGCCUUAUCUAUAAAUACGGCACGUAGUGCACGCCAGUGAGCGACCGUAACGCAACAACUUCAAACUUGUCGAGUAUUUCUUUCGUCCAUGACCAUCACUUAAGACGUGCAUAUAUAACGUUUUUAUAUUUAUAAAUAAUCAUUCCACAGUUCCUUCAGUGCCUUAUGUUUACGAAAUAAUGCCUUGUAAUUAUUCGUGCCUGAUAAUCUUACGGUUCCGUAGAGUUAAUAAAACUCAUGUCGAUACUUUAAAAUAAGUAAUAAAUACAUGAUAAGACGCCUCAAAAUUAGGGUGAAUAGUUCACGACUAGCUUUACAAUUUGUCAGUAACUUCCGACUAGCAAGUGUCAGGUAUUGUAGUCUGACUAGCGAUGUAGCUAUGUCGUGGUUAAGAUAGCCUCUGAAAAACGUACAUUCUUAUUAUAAUUGAUCAUCAAAACACUCAACUUCAGAAAUGUUUAGACUAGACUAUGCACCGACUAGCUUAGUCUUGACUGAGACUAAACUAGUCUUGACUAGCAAAUUUUACUCGACUAGUGAUACUCAUAAGUCAGGCUAUAAAAUAAGGAGUUGUUUUUCGUUAUAUAUUAUAACUUUGGAUUCUUUGUAUUUAAUCAAUACUAGAUACACUAUUAAAUAUUGUUUAUAUAUACAAUAUUCUAUAUAUUGUUUAAAAAAUUCGUCACAAACGUGCCAACAGUGAACAUAAUAUAAUAGUAUACGGAAAUUAUAUAAAUAUUCUACGUUAUAUGUAUUGGCUGUUGUUGAUUUCUGCCUUCGCUGAAAGCUGCAGUAGAUUCAAUAGUUUUCGUUCUAUAAAAUAUCCCACCAACUGCUCACAAGGAACAUACCAGCAGAUCCAACAUCAAAAUACUUUUAUAAAAAAUAAUUUCUUUAAUAAACCAUUUCAUUAAUUGAUGGUGUAAUUCUACAUUAUAUUACGAUAUAUUACGUCAAUUUUCAAUCAUUAAAACGGAUCUAAGCUCGUGCUACACGCAUUUAAUUACUUUCAUAUACAUUAUAAGGUUUAAGAAUAGUAAAAUAGUAAUAAAAUGACUUACUUUUUAAAUGGCGUACGCUUGGCUUAUUACUAAGGAAACUGGUAAUGCCAAAUUAUUUACAUUUUAUAUAAUGGCUUUGUGAAUUUUUACAAUUCUACGUGCUUAUUCUAUGUUCUCUCGAAGAGAUUGAAAUAUAAAAUAUUAAAUUAA